CUCCUUCUUUUUUGUUGUUGAUUCUUCUCUUCACUCAUCUCGAUUGCUCAGAAGAACAAUACAAAAAAAACAUCCCAUUCAUGACGGCCUCGUGCUCGCUGCGGUCGUUGCAGCUGCCAACGCUGUUUCCAGAGCUCGACGUGCAGCAGCUCAACCAAGCGGGGAUUGUUUCUGCACAGGACCUGGUCGUCGCUGACGAACGCGCGCUGCAGCAAGCAACUGGGCUUCCCGCACAGCAAGUCCAGGCCAUUCGUGCGUAUGUCGUGCAGAGCUGUGCUGCACUUGCAUUGCGGGCCGUCGACCGACUCGACCAUGAGCUAGACAAUCAGCUCAUUCUAUCAACAGGCUGUAGCAAUCUCGAUAGUCUAUUAAGCGGCGGCAUAUACUCUGGAGAAAUCACCGAGCUUGUUGGGCCAACAUCGAGCGGCAAGACGCAGACGUGCUUGCAUAUCAGCACGGCGGUGGCAUGCACAACCGACUCUAAUGUCAUUUACAUCAGCACCAAUAAUGAAUUUUCGCCGACUCGCCUGGCUGCGAUUCACCGCGGCUUUGCGACCGAAGGAGCAGACAUACGAAAUUUGACAACCACGCUGGAAAAAAUUCGAGUUGUAUUCGUCCAUGACUUGCACUCGCUGCUAACUGUGCUAGAAGAGUUGCUACAACAUCUGCAAGCUCAGGAUGAUCAAGUAAUACUGGCAAGCAAGCUCAUUGUUAUCGAUUCGAUUGCAUCAGUAAUAUCUCCCGUGAUUGGCACGCAACUCCGUGGUCAUGCUCUCACAACGCGACUUGCAAGGCUUUUAAAAGUAAUAGCCAUGGACCACGCUAUGGGCGUCUUAGUCACAAAUUACACUGUUGGUCAGCAUGAUAGAGAUGCCGAUGGCGGGAAACGAGCUGCUCUCGGCCAGACGUGGACGCAUGUGCCCAGCACACAAAUCUUGUUGGGCUGGGGCAGCUUGCCAACCAAAUCCGCUGCUUCGUCAAGCGCGACUCGACGAAUACGCAUCGCCGAGCUUCGAAAAUCUCCUCGAUUGACCUCUGGAGUUGGUACCCCCUUUGCUAUCAGUGAAAGCGGUCUAGAGAGUGUACAGUACAACGAAUAAAGCGCCGACGACUGGACAAGCAAAAGAAAUCGCAUUGAAUGACAAGAGUGAACACAAGAAUAAGCCUCAAGGCAAAGUAUUGACCGCAUUUGGAACUGCAUCAAUGCUUGGGUAUCGCGACACAUUCAGCGUAUCGAUGCCUGAUGCUUUUAGUCGG